AUGAGUGAAACAAAGGUAUGUUAAUGCUGGUAAGUAAUUGACUUAUAUUUGAGCUUGGAAGAAGUUUUGGCUACUAAUUAUUUGCUUCAUUCCCUCUAUUGCGAGCGUAACAUUAUAAAAUGCGAAAUCUGUGAUCAACGAAUAGAUUCGAAUGAAAAGAAUGCUCAUAUGGAGUCACACUAGAAAACUGAAUGCUCUUAUUGCUCAUAAAUGUUUGAAAAGAGUCUAUUGGAAAUGCAUAAGAUCAAUUGUCCCAAUAAGCCAGAGAAGUGUGGAUUUUGCGAUUUGAUGAUAAAUCUGAGUGAGAUGCCAAGACAUUAAGCAAAGUGUGGUUCUAGAACUGAAUAAUGUUAAAUUUGCAAAAAGCAUAUACAAAAAAGAGAGUUCAACCUGCAUACAAGUGUUUGUGGAGAAGGAGAUUAAAAGGAAACUUCAAAGCGAAAUCGAUUAAAACGCAUUACAAGUGAGUCUGGAUCUGAUGCAUCAGUAUAAGAAGUAAAGUAGAUUCCAAAGAGAAAACCACAGAAAUAGGUUAAAUAGCAAUCGAAAUAAAAAGAGUAAAUAUUGACAGAAUAUAAUGACGAUGACGAUAAGGAUUUCUAAUAGGCUUUGUAAAUGAGUCUGAAUUAAAAAUGA